UGCAGAAAGACGGAACUCGGGUUGAUGUUCCUGGCGCGAAGUCUUUAAGUUUACAGACUUCAUAAAAUCAACACGUUACUCUUGAAUAUUAGUCUGAAUAUCAGACGGGUGGACAUCAGACAACAAAUCUAAACUUGAAGAUAAACAUGUCAGAGACGAAGUGGUGAGUUUUUAUCAUUAGUAUGUGUCAGAGGUCGCUGGUUUGGCAGUAACGUGCGACGAAUCGAAAAUGACGGAGGCCGGAGCGGAGCGAGACCGGCGGAAAAAGGCGCCGAGGUCGGUGUGUGUGUACGACUGCCGCUCGGAGAGCCGCGUCGCGCCGCCGCCGACGCUCAUAGACACCGCGGAGCUGGACUACAGCGGCUUCCUGCGGGCUCUGAGACAGGAGUUUUCCCUGUCGGCAAAUGAGACUUUUGUUAUUAGCACGACGGACCGAAGAGAGAUCGACUCAGAACUUUACAAGGAGCUGGUGGAUGGGAAAACCUUGCACCUGUUGAAGUCUGUGGAUCAGGAGCUGACUGCGGCGACUCAAGAGCGGAUUGAGUUUCUGCCGCACUACCAUACUCUGGUGCAGUGUGGCAUGUACGAGUACUACGCUAGUGAAGGACAGAAGGCGCUGCCCUAUGCCUUCGCUGAGCUCAUCGAUAACGCGCUGUCAGCCACCGCAAGAAACACGGGAAUCAGGAGAAUUGAAAUCAGAUUGCUGUUUGAUGAGUCUCAGGGAAGACCUGCUGUUGUGGUGAUGGAUAACGGCUGUGGAAUGACAUCUAAACAGCUGAACAACUGGGCCGUUUAUCGUCUAUCUAAGUUCAUACGAGAAAACAGCAUAAAGAGUGAAGAAACCGGUUACGUGCGGCCGGAUCCAGUUCCACGCAGUCUGAACAGUGACAUCUCGUAUUUUGGAGUCGGAGGCAAACAGGCUGUGUUUUACAUCGGCCAGUCUGUCAGAAUGAUCAGUAAGCCUGCAGGCUCGCCAGAUGUUCAUGAAUUUGUCAUGUCUAAAGAAGACUUUGAGCGCAAGGAGAUGAACAGGGAAGACAUUUACACUGGCUUCAUUAGAAACAGGAAGCCUGCCGAUUGCUCGCAUGUGAGUGAAGGCGAGGAGCAGUUUCUGCAGUCCAUUGUGAUGGAAGAAAAAGAAAAGGAGAGUUUUACUGCAGUUAUCAUCACUGGAGUCCAACAGGAACACGUCACUUACCUGAAACACAAUUUCAAUCUGUGGACCAGAGAGUUGGCACAUACUUACCAUUACUAUAUACACGGAGUUCAUGGAAACGACCAGAGGGAAACGAGAAAAAAUGACCACGUCUCCAACAUUGACAUUCAGAUCAGUUUGGUGGAGCGCUCUCCUCGAAUCCCGUGUAUGAUGAAUCUGAGGGAGGUGGAUAAUGACAUGCAGACUCUGUAUAUCAACUCCAGUUUUUCCACUUUUGAGUUUAAAGCCACCGGCGCUAGAGACUCCUUUGUGGAAGGAUUGAUCCGUUAUCACCCGUUCCUCUAUGAUCAGGAAACAUACCCAGUGGAUCCAUAUGCAUUAGGUCCUUCAGAGGAUGAGGAUGAAGACUGUGUAAUUCUGAACUCUGAAGCUCGGGGCAAACGUCCGGUCUUUGAGUGCUUCUGGAAUGGGCGGCUCAUUCCCUACACCACUGUCUCAGAGUUCGAGUGGUGUGCAAGGCCUAAGAAAGUAGGUGCAGUGCCGCUGGAGUGUUAUAACCGGAUUUCAGGAGUUCUCUUCGCCAACGACCGAUUCCAAGUCAGUACCAACAAACUUACCUUCAUGGACCUGGAGCUUCAACUCCGUGACAACAUCACCAUUUUUACCAGAGUGCACAAUGGCCAGGAGCUGCGGGUGAAUAUUCAGAGGGAGUUUACUAACUGGUUAAAAGAAUGUCACGAGCGCUUCGACAAGCAGGUGAUGUUUCAGGGAUUUAAGGGUUCGAUGACGCGUACAGAUGUGCCCACCAAACGGCAACAGUCACCCUGGGCUAUAUUCCAAGCCAUUAAGUGGGAUGGCAAGACUUAUAAGAAAGGACAAUGUGUGAAGUCAGUAAAGACGAACCCUGUCUUCGUUGGCUCUAUAGUUAAUUUCUUGCUCUACGGAGAGCAUGAAGGAGACGUGUACGCCACAGGAGGAUAUGUCCAGAUUGCACUGGAACCGAAGGAGUUGUAUGAUGAGGUAAGGAUCAUUCCCAUCUCUAAGAUCGACAGGCUGGCCGCAGCCGCAACCAUUAAGAAGAAAAUCGAAGAUGAGCUCGCAAAUAAGCUUGGGAAGUACACACUGCAUCUGCAGACCAUGCUGAGUGACAACUCUGCCAGCGAAUGGGCUGGAAAAAGACUCCCCAACUGCACCCUCAAUUUCUCUAUUAAAGAAGGUGAAGCGAUAUCUUUUGUUCUAGGUGUCAUUUCCUCUCCCGUCCAUUUCGGAGUUCCCUUCAGUAUUCAUCUAGAUUUUAGGGAUGAGUUUGAUUAUCCCACCCAGCCACCCUGUGACAUUAAACCCCAGCUGGAAUGUAGUUCACUAGAGCUGAGUUAUGAGGGGAUCAUAUUUGGCACCACUUGUGUCAUCAAAAAUGUGAGGGCCAAGGGAAAGAUCAAUCAUCAAAACAAGAUGUACACAGUGAAGGUGCACAUCCCCGGGCUGAAGCAGGACAGCCAGUCUCUUCAAAUUGUUCUGCAACCUGGCCCUCCGCACACUCUUGUGGUGUUUCCAGACGGUGAUGUGCUCUCUGUUGAGAAUCGAACUCCAGCAAACUUCAGAGUUGAGAUUCACGAUGAGUACCAGAAUAUCACCACUCAUCCUAAACUCAGCGUCCGCUGCCAGUUGCUGGGAGCCCCUGAUCUGCCCGUGGAUGUUGUGGACUGCAGUAACACCGGCUCUGGACUCCUGCUGACCAAACCACUUCUGCUGAAGACUGUAAACGCUGAGCAGAUCCUUACUGCUAAGUUCAACAUUCCUAACCACAGGACAGUGGCGUGCGUGGAACGUAAGCUGCGCGUCUUGCCCAGCUCACGAAUAUCCCGUUUGGAGGUCUACAGACAGGAAGAGGGCUCUGAGGAUGUCAUGGUGCUGCAAAACGCCGAGCGCAUUGAUUGGACGGCAGGAGACACGCUAGGAAACCUGCGCUUCAGACUGUAUGAUGAGGGCAAUAGACUGGUUUCCCUUCGGCCGAAACUCACCACCAAGAUUAAGGUGAAUUGGACAGCAGAUAUAAACGCAGAAGAGCUUUCUCAGGGAAAACUGCCAGCUUUAAGUGUCCCAUCUCAAGCACAGAGAGAGCAUUUCUACCUUGUGUCUUUCCACGACCAGCACACGGUCAACUUUUCCUUCAUCAUUGUGCCUCGUCCAGAUGAGCCUGAGCGCUUGCGGGUCAACCUCAGCGAGUCGACUGUGAAAAUGGGAGAAAUUCUGUCAGGAAAUAUACAUGUAGAAGUUGUAGAUCAGUAUGGGAAUAAAACAGACUGUCUGAAUGCUGAAAUUGUGAAGACUAUGAGCGUGUCUGCUGAUGGUCUGGAUAAAUCAGCUCUGGCCACUGAAUGGCAGGUGCUCCAUUUGCAGAUCACUCACCAGUUUGGUGUUUAUGUAGAAGUUGUAGAUCAGUAUGGGAAUAAAACAGACUGUCUGAAUGCUGAAAUUGUGAAGACUAUGAGCGUGUCUGCUGAUGGUCUGGAUAAAUCAGCUCUGGCCACUGAAUGGCAGAUAAAGUCCUCGGUAUCAUCUCUGUCUGUAGAUUCAGAAGGAAAAGCUUACUUCAUAUUAGAAGCUAUAAGUGGUCCAAAAGGGGAGCAUCAGCUGGAGUUUCGGGGGUCUUUUAGCAGGAACGGGAUUCCUGGGCCUGUAGUAAAACUAAAUGUGAUUCCUGAUCCCAAUAAACCCGUUGAACUCUCUAUCGAAUAUGACAGCGCUGCCACCUUAUGUGCAGGGGACAUUUUCCCAGUGUUUACUGUGGUCGUGAUGUCUGAGGAAGGCACGCCGGUGAGAACCGUUUGCCCGGCAAACCUCUCGAUGCUGCUGUGGAAGGGCACGGCAUCAGGCCUCAAUCCACCCUCUACCGCCUCGACUCUGAAGUGUAGUAAACGCAAACACACAGAGAAGGACGACUGCUUCUGCUUCAGCAGGCAGAUUCCAGAGCUUGCAGGACAGUAUGUUGUCCAGUUUGUGUUGGCUUUGGACGAAACCAAACAUCUGUGGAGCAAGCAGAUUCCACUAAAUGUCGUUCCCAAUAAAGCUGUGAAAUUAGCCCCCGAGACUCCACCUUUAACUCCUGUUGUGUCCAAUAGUAACAUUCGGGCCAAUCGCACACUGCUAGACAGCUUGAAUCUGAAGAUCAUGGACCAAUACAGUAACGCUACUGGUGAGGGUUUAGAUGGAAAAGUGAUUGUUACAGUUAAAGGCACAGGAGACGUGGUGCUUCCUUUGUUUGAGAAUGGAGAAACAAGUGUGUCAUACAGCCUCACUAACGGGGAGACUCUCAUUACUGAUUUGGCACUUUUGGAGAACAGUCCCGGUGUAGAUGGAGCCGAGUACAUCCUUCAGUUCAAUCCUGAGAUUCGGCAGACUAGUGUUACCAUCGCUGCAUACAGCCUGCCUUUCAGAUUCUGCAACGAUGCAGAACAUCAGAAAGUCAUUGUGACUCUCAGUAAGAAGAAAGAUCGCCUUUCCCAAACCGUUUUGAUGUACCGGGAAGUCUUUGAAACCAGUAAACAACUGAAAUCUGAACUUGAAUGUCAGGUGCAAGAUGCGACUCACAAACUAAAUGAGCUCAAAGCAGAGCUCCAAAAAAGUGGUUUCGACGUCUCCAAACUAACCACAGUAUCAGCAAUAGACAAAGUUAUAAAUGGCAAGAAAGAAAUUUUGACCAAAAUGGAUAAUCAGCCUCAGCGUAAAUGCAGCAUUCCUGACCCUUUCAAAGGCAGCCCAAAGGUUCUGGGAAAGGUGGGUCAUCUGGCACAGGUGGAGGAUGAUGAUGCAGCGAAGGUGAUCUCUUGGCAUAUUCUGGGUGACAUGGACUGUGUGGUUACUGAAACUACAUCUGCUGCCAAGAAAAUCUAUGAUGAUACGCAAGGACGACAACAAGUCAUUCCCCUCGAGACGGUCUUCUGGAGACCAAAUGACAGGCCUCUGCCUCACAUCAGGAAUGGCAUGCUUCUCUUCCAACCCAUUGGUAAUCCUGUGUUUGUCAAAGAUAUACUCAUUUUUCCUGAGCACGUAGAAAGCUGCAAUAAAGUUUUUGCAAGUGUUCUUGGAGACACCAUACUAAUUGAUGACUUGGAUUCUGCUAAUGAUUAUCGUCGGGGGGUGGUUCAGAAUAAGAUGCAGUGCCCCACGCUCUUAACGCGUCAGGGCGAGCGGAUACGCAGCAACGGGAAGUUCGGAGGACUGCAGAACAAGGCUCCAUCCAUUGAGAAACUUCGAGGACAAGUGUUUGGAGCACCAUUACCCAAAGAGUACAACCGCACCCGCCAUCAGAUGGAGUUACUGCAGCAGUGUCGUGUUGCAAUGCAGAAGUCCUCUGACGUCCAGUCUGAUUAUAACAGUCAUUUGGAGCACCUGCAGAGUCCUCAGAUGAAACAGAAACAACAAGAGCUCCAGCAGCAAGAGCAAGAGUUAAGAGAUCUUGAGGGAUCUCUCGCCAGAACUCCUGAGCAAAUGUACGCUGCAAGAGUGAAACGAGGACUUGAGCCAGAAACGCCCGAGCCCUCAGUCCCUGCUAAAAGAGCCCGCCGCAAAACACGCAAACUGGAUUCAUUGAAGUAACGCAAGCUGACAGCUGAUGCAAUGUUUUUUUGUGAGUUUAUCCAGUGUCAAAGAUUGUUCCAUAUUUUAUGUUCUU